AUGGUAGCCAAGAUCGCAAUACAUGUCCAGCAGAUCUGUGGUCUGGCGUGGUCCACCGACGGUAUGUCGCUCGCUUCUGGUGGGAACGACGAUCUUUGUUGCAUAUUUGAUGCAAACGAUAUCCUGGGUGUCGAGCAACAGCAUGAGACGACGAUACAAGGCACUGACACAGUGGAUCCAGCUGCUCCAAGAGUGGCCAGUGAGCUUGAGCUGGGCGAGCUCGACCUUCGAGAGUAUGAUGGCAGGCGCGUCCACCACGGCCGCGGGUCCGAGAUGAGGACAUCGGCCACCGAUGCCACCCAGAUCCAUCGAACUCGAAAUGCACAUUCAUUUUCUCUGCGAACCUUAACCCUUGGCAGCGAGCGGCAUUGCUGGAUUCACGGCGCCGCUGUCAAAGCCAUUGCAUUUUGCCCGUGGACACCGAGCCUCGUUGCCACGGGCGGUGGUUCCAAGGACAAGUGCAUCCACUUCUUCCAUACGACAUCGGGCGCUGCAUUGGCGACGAUUGCCGUGUCGGCCCAAGUCACAUCUCUCAUCUGGUCAACGACAAGGCGCGAGAUUGCGGCCACGUUCGGCUACGCUCAGCCUGAGCACCCUUGGCGAAUUGCUGUUUUCAGCUGGCCCGACUGUCGACAGGUCGCAGCCAUCCCGUGGAACCAAGGACUGCGUGCCCUGUACGCAGUUCCAUAUCCAUCUGUUCCUUGGGUUGGCGAACCAUCCUCCACGGACCGCCUGGUCCACCAAGGUUGUCUGGUUGUCGCUGCAAGCGACAAUUCUGUCAAGUUCCACGAGGUAUGGCCGGAUGAAAAGAAGUCAACGACAGGUGGCCCUGGUACACUGGCCGGCAGUGACAUUCUGGAGAGUCUCGAGGGGAUUGACAAAGAGGGAGGCGUGAUCCGCUGA